GCCGCUGCCCCACGUCCGGGCGGGGCCGCUCGGGGCCUGCCCCUGCCCCACGGGAAGUGAUGUUGCUCCGGCGGAAAACGCGCCCUUACCGCCCGACCGGGCAGGUGCGGAGCGACGCGGCGCUGCCGGAGAUGCUAAAUGCCUCUUUCUGCAUGACUAUGGUAUUCAAGAGAUCUGGACUUGGUCAGGAAACUCUGUGCUGAGGUAUCCCUGCAGAGCUACAGGUCCACUUGCAGCUGUUAAGCGUAGGCUAAAUGCAAAGCCAGAGCUGAAUGGGAUUCAAGGAGGAUUUCACAAAGGAAGAAACCCUUUUUGCUGUUUCCACUGGCAAUUAUUUUUUCCCAGCCAAGGAGUCCUUAAUCAUACAAGUGUCUCCUGAAUUCUCACUAUGUCUGAUGGGGACUAUGAUUACCUCAUAAAAUUCCUAGCACUUGGUGAUUCUGGAGUAGGAAAGACCAGCCUUCUUUACCAAUAUACAGAUGGCAAAUUUAAUUCCAAGUUUAUCACAACUGUGGGCAUCGACUUCCGGGAAAAGAGAGUGGUGUAUAGACCCAACGGGCCAGAUGGCGUUGGUGGCAGAGGACAGAGGAUACAUCUUCAGCUCUGGGAUACUGCAGGGCAGGAAAGGUUUCGUAGCUUAACAACUGCUUUCUUCAGAGAUGCCAUGGGGUUUCUUCUACUCUUUGAUCUGACAAAUGAGCAAAGCUUCCUUAAUGUCAGGAACUGGAUAAGUCAGCUACAAAUGCAUGCGUACUGUGAAAACCCCGACAUUGUAUUAUGUGGAAACAAAAGUGAUCUGGAAGACCAACGAAUGGUGAAAGAAGAAGAGGCUAAGGAACUUGCAGAAAAAUAUGGGAUACCAUAUUUUGAAACCAGUGCAGCUAAUGGGAAUAACGUAAGCAAAGCCAUUGAUACACUGCUCGACCUCAUCAUGAAGCGCAUGGAGCGGUGUGUUGAUAAAUCCUGGAUCCCAGAAGGGGUAGUGCGCUCCAACGGGCACAGCUCUACAGAACAAUUGAGUGAGGAGCAAGAAAAAGGCAAAUGUGGCUGUUGACUCAGUUACAAUUAAAUUUAAUGUACAUGCUAAAUGACAGUACAGUUGCAGCUUAACUGUUUAACUUAUAGACAAAUCACAUCUUGUAGUUAAGUAAUGAGCAUUAUUUACUCUUGAUAAUAAUUUUUGUGCUUUCCUCUCAAACAACACUGUCUUUUGUUUGCAAGGUAUGUAGUUUUUUAGUGAUGAGACAAGUUCAUCAGUUCAGUGUAGUACUGCACAUUCCCUAAAUUCUCUACUUUGGAAGGAAGGGAAGGAGAGGACUUCUAAUUAACAAUUAUAAAAGCAUCUUUAUGUAUGGGCAGUAAGAAAAGGUAGGUUUCUGAAUUAAGGAUUUUCAUUUGCUCUUUGAAGGCUCCAUUAACUCCAAAGAUUAAUCAUUUAGAUUAGAUAUCGUGACUACUCUCAGUGUCUACAAACUAGCAAGCUUACCAACGUGGUUCUUGAGUCUGUUUCAACAGAAACAUUUAAUCAUUUCAUCAAUCAGUGACAAUCACAGAGAGCAAAUCUUGUGUCUUUUGCAAAGGCCUCUGAGUAGGUUUUCAUUAUUUUCUCAAGCCAUCAGUAUUUAGUGAUGAAAGCCGAAAGAAAGAUAUUUUACAUAGAAUGAGAAACUUCCUAGAGAAGCACAGGGUGCUUUGGGUAGGUCACAAAUGUGAACAUUUAAACUACAACUGUACUAUGUAAAAUAUAAUCAACACAGCCUGUGAGACCUCCUGACAUCAUUUGAAUUUCUAGAACAUAUGUAUGCAUAUAUUGAUAUGUCAAUGGCGUAAGCGUGUAUCUGUUACGUUCUUUGCUAUUGUUUUAACAGGAAUGUAGGGUAACGUAGAUGUCAGCAAAAUUUCAUCUGAAAUAGUGCUUUGUACUGAGGUUUCUUUUUUUUUUUUUUUUUUAACCGAACACAGAUUUGGAAUGUUUCUUCAAAUAUGGAUUGAGAAAUGAAUAGUGAUUGAUUGUCUUCUGGCAAAAUGCAGCUGAGAUAUCAGUUCUGUCUAAAUCAGUAUUUCUAUAAAUUUAUAACGCUUCUUUUCUGCUGCCAACUUCUGUGUCCUGUACAUCUUGGUUAUCACAUAUUCAUUUAUUGUUGUUAAUUUCCUUUAGGUUGUGUUUAAGAAUGAAUAGAGUUGCUCCUUCCCCCUCUCCACUUACAGAUCACAUGAAUGUCAAUUUUGGUUUUGCUGGACCAUGUUAUUCUUCAAUCAUUUUUAUUUAUUCUUAUGACAACCUGAAGAACAAUCAGUAUUUUUUUUCAAGACAGAUUUAUAAGAUGUGCCUACGAACUUGUUUUCUAUCCUGGCAGAGGUUGUAUAAAUCACAAGUAUUGCCAAUUAAAGUCAACAUACCAAACUGAGUCUUCUUACAGACUUUCCACAGCAGUUUGUUUACAGAAGUCCAAAGCUGAUACUUACUGAGAAAUUGUGUAUUUAUUUAUUUAAAUAUUCUGUCUGUUUGGCUACUGCAAUUUCAGGCAAAUGUCUGUAUCAGUUAUGAACGUGAAUUGCAAUGUAACACAUUUUUUUGAAGGACCAAAAAUGUUUCUGGAAUAGGAGCUAAGAGGAAAAAAAAACCCUUUAUAUUAUACGUAGCCUCUGGUUAUAUUAAGAAUGCAAGAAUAAUUGUUAAAACUUGGUUCUUAAAAUAUUUUACAAAGUAAUGUAUUCUUCUUUAACAGCAACAUGUAAAUAUUAGAUUUUUAUCAUAACCUACACAAUAUUUUAAAAGUGCAAUAUAAUUUGACUACUCUGGGGCUAGGAUAAAGAUUAAAGAAAUUUAUAUUGAAUAAAUGUAGUUUUUUCUAUUACAUAUUACCAAGAUUCUAAAGUGCUUGUGGACCAGAGUUACUGUAGUUUAACUCAGUGCCUUUUGAAGUUAUCAUCAUGUUUCUGACCAGUCAAGUAUCAAACUCUACUGUAGGACACAAAUACAUUUCAGUGUACUUAAGUGUCUGAAUUUAUUUUAAUAUAGCUCUUUGCUUUUCAGAGGGUUGCAGUGGAACUUUCUCAUGCAUUAACUUCAAUGAAAGUUCCUGUGUUUAUAGCUGCAUACAGUUCCUGAAAACAGUGAGGACUAUUGCAGUCAACUUCUGAGCUAAGUGACUACUGAAAUGCUGUUUAAAAAAAAAA